AUGGCAGAUCUUAAAAUACUACUUACUGUCAGUAUAAUUUUAUCCAUUGUGAAUGCGAAUAGAACAAUCUUUAUUAAUCCAAAUGAUCCCUGGCAAACAUUUGAAGGAUGGGGGACGAGCUUAUGCUGGUGGGCAAAUGUGCUUGGUGGAGUUCCGGAUGUUAGGAACUAUUCUGCAGAUUUGGUGUUCGACUUGAACAAG